AUGAGUUCAGUGAAGCUGGCCACGUUGUUAGUACGAACUUUAGCCAAACCAAUUGCCAAUAGUAUAAAAGAAUAUAGCAAAAACCACCGACGAUUCAGAGAAGCAUGCAUCAGCUUUGCCCAGGCAACACAUCGUUUGGAAAUGAAAUUAAAAAUGAAUCUUCUCGGUCAAAAGUCAGCGCCCAUUAGGCCUUUGAAAGAUGCAAAAGCUGUGGAGAUGGGUGCUAAUUUCGUUGGCGAGACAAUAGUAUUUGGUGUUGCUUCUGGAUUGAUCAUAUGGGAGCAAAGAAGAUCCUACAAGUCUAACAGAGACAAAUAUGAGGAAUGUAUGAAAUCGACCGAGGAGUUGAAAAAGCAGCUGCAAAAAGAAAUAGAACAAUUACGCAAGGAAAGACAUGGGGACUCGUGCAGUUGCAAAAUGACGCAGAGAAAAAAUUAA